AUGGUUGGCACGUUUCACAGCCAUGCACACAACCACAAAUGCCAGUUGGUCUGGCAUCCAAUGUAUAUUUUGGGCACUGGACACAGUGAGGGUGAAGGGUGCAAGCACAUAUUUUCCGCCUCAAAUGAGCUCACUCGUAGCACUAGACAUGCAAGCCCGUUCCACUGGCACCAAACUAUUAAAGAACACUUUGCUUUUUGGAAUGCUGACAAGUAUGCUGUGCUUUCCAAUUUUUUAUCAACUGAACUAGCCAUCAUUCAAUCUGAGCUUGGUCUUACUGAUGUUGACUUCCCUCGCUUCCUCAAGGAAGAACAUGAUUAUCUUGACGGUUCGAAGCAGUCACCUGAAAAAGAUUACCUCUCUGUUUGGUACAUUGAGGUGCUUGAUAAGCUUGCUGAAUGGAGGGCUGAUUGGGACUUAGCAUGCGAAGCUGCUAAUAGUUCUCUCACUGCAAUUGCAGCCGGUAACCUGGAGCAGAUAAACAAUGCACUUUCCCAAGCUCGUAUUCAGGUCGACUCUUCAUAUGCUAAAUUACAGCAUGCCGAGGCAUUGGUUGUGCACAUAGAAGCUCUCUUGGCUGAGUAUAACCAUUUUAAGGAGGAAGUAUCUCUCAGCAAGUAUCACAGUGCGCUAGAUGACCUGGAGCAUCUGGUUGUUAUGAGGUUAUUUGAACUUUCAAAGUUUGACUGGGCAACGCCUGCUCAUCAAGAGGUGACCACCAAAUAUUUCAAGCUUUGUCGAGCCCACAAAGAAAUUACUCAGCUCAAUGUCGAAGUUCGCCGUCUGCAUAUGGCAAUUCAUGAUGAAGAACUCCAUACCUCUACUAUCAUAUAG